AUGGGUAUCAAGGGUCUGAACAGCAUUAUACAGCAGCAGGUGCCGAGCGCGAUCCGGCCGCGCGAGAUGAAGCAAUUCUUCGGGCGUCGGGUCGCUAUCGAUGCGUCGAUGUCGCUGUACCAAUUUCUGAUUGCGGUGCGGCAGGCGGACGGCGUGCAGCUGGCGUCUGCGGACGGCGAAACGACGUCGCACCUGAUGGGGAUGUUCUACCGGACGCUGCGGAUGGUGGACCAUGGACUCAAGCCAUGCUACGUGUUUGACGGGAAGCCGCCGGUGCUGAAAGCCCACGAGCUGGACAAGCGCACGGAGCGGCGGAAAGAGACAGAGCAGAAGCUGGCGGAGCUGACUGAACAGGCGGAGAUUAUGAAGCACGAGCGGCGGCUGGUCAAGGUGGAGCAAUGGCAUGUGGCGGAGGCCAAGAAAUUGCUGGGCCUGAUGGGCAUACCGUAUGUGGACGCUCCGGGCGAGGCCGAGGCACAAUGUGCCGAGCUGGCCAAGAAGGGCAAAGUGUUUGCGGCAGCAAGUGAGGACAUGGACACGCUGUGCUAUCGGACCCCGUACCUGCUGCGACACCUGACCUUCAGCGAGGCGCGCAAGGAGCCGAUUCACGAGAUUGACACGGAGCUCGUGCUUCAGGGCCUGGGGCUUUCGCAAGAGCAACUAGUGGACCUGGGAAUCAUGCUGGGUUGCGACUACUGCGAGAGCAUUAAGGGCGUUGGACCAGUUACGGCAUUGAAGCUGAUCAAGGAGCAUGGCUCACUCGAGAACAUUGUCGAGUUUAUCAGCAGCGGCGGCAAUGCCAAAUGGAAGGUGCCGGAAAACUGGCCCUACAAGGAGGCGCGCGCAUUAUUUCUGCAGCCGGACGUGCUGGAUGCCGAGGGUGUCUCUCUGAAGUGGGAGGAGCCCAAGGAGGAGGAGUUGAUCGCCUUCAUGUGCAAAGAAAAGGGCUUCAACGAAGAUCGCAUCAAAUCCGGCAUUCAAAAACUACGCAAGGGACUCAAGGGUGGCGUUCAAGGACGUCUAGAUUCGUUUUUCAAAGUUAAGCCAAAGACUACGGAGCAGCUUGCUGCUUCCGCCAGGAAAGCACAGGCGGCCAAGAAGACUAACCAGAAGGGGAAGGUUCUAAAGCGGCGGUAA